AUGUAUCGACAAGCUCUUUCCAAAGCUGUUCGCCCAGCUCUUCGUUCAUCCCUCCAAUCCCGGGCUGCAUUCUCAACCACCACACGAGCCAUGGCUGGCGGCGACACUGGAGCUCCACGGAGCACCGGUACCGGAGAUGCAUUCACCAAGCGCGAGAAGGCCAAUGAGGACUACGCCAUCCGCAUGCGUGAGAAGGAGAAGCUUCUGGAGCUUAAGAAGAAGUUGGCAGAGCAGCACGAGCACCUGAAGAAGCUCGAGGACCACAUUAACGAGAUAUCGAAAGGUCAAGGUGGCGAGCAGAACUGA